AUGGCCAUUGCGUCGGCCCUCUCCGCGGCUGCAGGAGCCUAUCUUAAUGCAAAAUUCUCCAUUUCCACAGAUCUUUCCGCACUGUAUCAGCAUCGGGCCUGGACGCAUCUUCUGGGUCAGCGAAUUGCGCAGUUAGAUGAUACGCCCACAAUAUACAAGAUGCUGCAACAGGUGGUUGAAGAAGAAAAGCAGGGCUCCGCGGAGGCGCUUUGGUUCGAAGGCAAGACAUGGACCUAUAGUCAGUUGAAAGACUUGGUGGAUCGGUUUGCUGCUCUUCUCCAUGCAAAGGAGAUCAAGCCUGGGGAUUUCGUUGGUGUCUUCACCACGAAUUCUCCGGAGAUGGUUGUCACCAUCUACGCGCUCUCCAAACUGGGAGCUGUGGCGGCCCUUCUUAAUACGAACCUUCGCGACGAUACCUUUGCGCAUUGCCUCGACGUGUCCGGUUCCAAAGCCAUAAUCUCGACACCUGAUCUGUCGCCGUUUGUGACCUCUGAUAUGCCCCAUAUAGCGAUUAACAUAUCCUCGUUCGAUGACAUCUCCGUAGGGACGACAGAGCUCGUAACCACGACGGAACUACACCAAUUCUCUCCCUUGAGGCUCACUGCUGCGAAGAGGUCGCUCAGCGACCUGAGCGUGCUCAUUUACACCUCCGGCACGACAGGCAAGCCCAAAGCCUGCGCAAUCCGCAAUAUAGCAACCCUCGUGACAUCCACCCCACUCACGGUAGACGUCAACAACCGCUCGAAAUACUACCCCUUACGCACCUACUCUUGUCUCCCACUCUUCCACGGCACCGCCUUUUUUACCGGCAUAUGCUACUGUGUCGGGAAUGCCGGCACGUUAUGUCUACGGCGCAAGUUCUCUGCGUCUCAGUUUUGGAAAGACGUCCAUGAGUCCAGAGCCACCCGCAUCCUAUACAUCGGCGAACUCUGCCGAUACCUUCUCGCAACACCCCCAUCCCCGUACGACCGCGAUCACGAGUGCAUCGUAGCCCAUGGCAACGGUUUGCGCGAGGAGAUCUGGGAGCGCUUCCGCGAGCGAUUCGGGGUCCCCGAGAUCCGCGAAUUCUAUCGCUCAACGGAAGGUGUAGCGAAAUUUGACAACUUCGGCGAGGGCGCCUGGGGCGCAGGCAAAAUCGGCUUCGCGGGACCCAUUCGUCGGUUCCUAGAUGACGACGUCUUUAUUGUGAAAUACGACCGGGCCACAGAGAUGCCAUACCGCGACCCGCAGACCGGAUUCUGCACCAAAUCUAAACUAGGCGAGGAAGGCGAGGCCAUUGGACGGGUCCGAAACCGCGACUCACUUGCAGAAUAUCUUCACAAUGAGGAAGCCACCGAGAAGAAGCUACUUCGUGACGUAUUCCAGAAGGGCGACCUCUUCCAGCGCACAGGGGACCUGGUGAUCCAGGAUCACUCCGGCUGGAUCAAGUUCCAGGAUCGUGUGGGAGAUACUUUCCGUUGGAAAGGCGAGAAUGUCAGCGCCGGCGAAGUCAGAGAUCAUAUCUGUCGGAAUCCCUCCGUGCAGGACGCCGUCGUGUAUGGGGUGAAAUUGAACGGGUACGAUGGUCAGGCUGGUGCCGCCGGGAUUACUCUAGAUGAUCCAUCCACGGAAACUGAAUUCAUGGCUUCUCUCUACCGUGAGCUAAAGAAGAAGGGUGUCCCUUCGUAUGCGCUCCCCCGGCUUGUUCGCCUCACUGAAAAGGUUGCCACUGGCGUCACUUUCAAGCAAGCUAAAGGAGAAUUAGCGAAGAAGGGGUGGGAUCCUAGAGUGGAUUCGAAUGGCGACAAGCUAUACUGGUUGAACGGAUCGUCGUACGAGAAGCUAGAUACAAUAAGCUGGUCGUCGAUUGAAACUGGACAGGCGAAACUAUAA